AUGGGCAAGGACCAGGAGCUGGUGCAGGCGGUGAAGGCGGAGGACGUCGCGGCCGUGCAGAAGCUGCUGCAGAGGCCCAAGCCCGGCAAAGCCAAGCUCCUUGGAUCCGCGAAGAGAGUCAACGUCAACUUCCAGGACACUGACGGAUUCUCUGCCCUGCACCAUGCGGCGCUCAACGGGAACACCGAGCUCAUCUCGCUGCUGCUGGAGGCACAGGCUGCGGUGGACAUCAAGGACAACAAAGGCAUGCGGCCCCUGCACUACGCGGCUUGGCAAGGCAAGAAGGAGCCCAUGAAAAUGGUGCUGAAGGCAGGGUCCUCCGUGAACAUCCCGUCGGACGAGGGACAGAUCCCCCUGCACCUGGCGGCACAGCACGGGCACUACGACGUGUCCGAGAUGCUGCUGCAGCACCAGUCCAACCCCUGCAUCAUGGACAAUUCGGGGAAGACGCCACUGGACUUGGCGUGCGAGUUUGGCCGGGUCGGGGUGGUCCAACUGCUCCUGAACAGCAACAUGUGCGCGGCGCUGCUGGAGCCCAAGCCGGGGGACACCACCGACCCCAACGGCACCAGCCCCUUGCACCUCGCGGCCAAGAACGGCCACAUCGACAUCAUCCGGCUCCUGCUGCAAGCUGGCAUCGACAUCAACCGGCAAACCAAGGCGGGCACGGCCCUGCACGAGGCGGCCCUGUGCGGCAAGACCGAUGUGGUGCGGCUUCUGCUGGAUAGCGGGAUCAACGCCCACGUCAGGAACACGUACAACCAGACGGCUCUGGACAUCGUCAACCAGUUCACCACCAGCCAGGCCAGCAAGGAGAUCAAGCAGAUGCUGCGGGACGCCUCCGCCGCUCUGCAGGUGCGGGCAGUCAAGGAUUACUGCAACAACUACGACCUGACCAGCCUCAACGUGAAAGCCGGAGACGUCAUCACCGUGCUGGAGCAGCACGCGGACGGGCGCUGGAAGGGCUGCAUCCACGACAACCGGACCGGCAACGACCGCGUGGGCUACUUCCCCUCCAGCCUCGUCGAGGCCAUAAGCAAGCGAACAGGGUCCCGGGGGGCUGACAUGAGCCCGUCCCACCUCUCCCCGUCGCAGGGCGGAUCGGCCACGCCGGCUCCCACCGAGGAGAUCUGGGUGCUGCGGAAACCCUUCGCAGGUGGCGACCGCAGCAGCCUGGGCAGCACGGGCAGCGUGGCCUCGGCUCGCAGCUCGGGGAGCGGGCAGAGCGCGGGCAGCGGGGCGCACGCCCUGCACGCCGGCUCCGAGGGCGUCAAGCUGCUGGCAACGGUCCUUUCCCAGAAGGCUUCUGCGCAAGAUGCUGCCGUGGGCGAUGGGCCGGCCAAGGCGCAGGACAUCCCCGCAGGCUCCUCCCGGUCGCAGAGCGUGGCCAGCUCCCCCUAUGCCCCCCAGCCGGCCGCCGAGCAGCAGCUGAAGAAGAUGGAGCCACCUUCGGAGGGGAAGAGCUCAGAGGCCGUGUACCAGUGGUUGUGCAAGUUCCAGCUGCAGCUCUACGCACCCAACUUCAUCAACGCCGGCUACGACAUCACCACCAUCAGCCGGAUGACACCGGAGGACCUCACGGCCAUCGGUGUCACCAAGCCGGGACACAGGAAGAAAAUCGCCUCCGAGAUCAACAACCUCAACAUCCCCGAGUGGCUGCCGGAGUACAAGCCGGCCAACCUGGCCCUGUGGCUCUCCAUGAUCGGCCUGUCCCAGUACUACAAGUUGCUGGUGGAGAACGGCUAUGAGAACAUCGACUUCAUCACCGACAUCACCUGGGAGGACCUGCAGGAGAUCGGCAUCACCAAGCUGGGCCACCAGAAGAAGCUGAUGCUGGCAGUAAAGAAGCUGGCGGAGCUGCAGCGGGCCGAGCUGGGCAAGUACGAGCCAGGCACUCUGAAGAGGAAGGCAGCAGCGUGCCCGGAGGUGCUGGCCAUAGAGUCCCCGCCACCUGAGCCACCCGAGUGCCAGUCGCCCAAGAUGACCACCUUCCAGGACAGCGAGCUCAGCAGCGAGCUGCAGGUGGCCAUAACGGGCGAAGGCCCCGAGGAACCCCCCGAGAAGCCCGCGAACCCCUCGGCCCCAGGCUACCGCUCGCCCCCGGGGCUGGGCAGCCGCACCAGGCUGAUGAGCAGCUCGCAGGAGCUGCUGGGGGAUGGCCCCCGGGCCCCUGCCGCUGCCGCCAUCUCCAAGAGCCAGGAGUACCUGGCAGAGGGGGCUGCCGAGGGCCCCCCCGCACCGCCCAAAGAGGCACGACCGCAACGGCACGGCCACUCCAUCAAGCGUGCCAGCGUGCCGCCAGUGCCCGGCAAGCCCCGGCAGCCCUUCCCACCCGCAGCCGGGCACCUGACGCCACCGCAGACCCCCGGCAAGCCACGGCCCCCCUCCCCACAGGGCCCAGCAGUGCCCCACGCCACCGCCAAGGUGAAGCCCACCCCGCAGCUGCUGCCGCCGGGCGAGCGCCCCGCGUCGCCCCGCUCCCUGCCCCAGUCGCCCACGCACCGCGGUUUCGCCUACGUCCUGCCGCAGCCCGCCGAGGGCGAGGGGGCUCCCCCGGGGGUGCCCGUCCUGCCCGUCUCUGUGCCGGUGCUGUGCCUGCCGCCGGCGGGCGAGGGCGAGGAGGAGCCGGGGCGGCCGAAAAAGCGAGCGCACAGCCUGAACCGCUACGCCGCCUCCGACAGCGAGCAGGAGCGGGACGAGCUGCUGGUGCCCGACGCGGGGCCCUACGCCACCGUCCAGCGGCGCGUGGGGCGCAGCCACUCGGUGCGGGCCCCCACUGGCGGCGACAAGAACGUCAACCGCAGCCAGUCCUUCGCCGUCCGCCCCAAGAAGAAGGGGCCCCCGCCGCCCCCGCCCAAGCGCUCCAGCUCCGCCAUCUCCAGCGCCGGCAUGGCCGAGGACUUCCCCAAGGAGGGUGAGGGUGAGGCGGCCGCUGGCCCCCCAGCCGCCGAGGGGGAGAGCCGCCGGGAGCAGCGGCGGGCCAGCGACCUGGGCGGCAGCGUGGACACGGGCAGCGCCGGCAGCGUGCGGAGCAUUGCGGCCAUGCUGGAGAUGUCCUCCAUCGGUGGCGGGGCCCGGGCGCUGGCCCUGCAGAAGCCGCCCGGGGCCGGCCCGGGAGCCCCCCCGGGCAGCCCCGAGCGCGCCCGCGUGGCCACUGUCCUGGCCACUGUCAAGCACAAGGAGGCCAUCGGGCUGGACGGGGAGGUGGUGAACCGGCGCCGGACCAUCAGCGGCCCCGUCACCGGGCUGGUGGCGGCUGCCCGGCGUGACCCCGGCGAGCGGCUGCGGGCUGAGCGCGGCGGCUCCCCGGACACCAUCCCCUUCGCCGAGGACGGCAACCUCACCAUCAAGCAGCGGCCGCGGCCCCUGGGACCGGCCCGCGUGGAGGCGGGCGAGGGGCUGUCCCCAGCCCACCGCCACGGGGACCUGGCCAAGGUGGAGGCCAGCGCCACGCUGAAGCGGCGGAUCCGGGCCCGGCAGAGCCAGCAGGACAGCGUCCGCUUCAUCCUCACCGAGUCCGACACCGUCAAGCGCCGGCCCAAGGCCAAGGACAAGGAGCCGGCGCUGGAGCCGGCCCCGCUCGCUGUCUACCAGAACGGCACCGGCACCGUCAAGCGGCGGCCAGCCUCCGAGCUGAGCGGGGCCGAGCCGCCCCCAACCCCGCCGCCCACCGCCCGCCCCGACGGCCCCGACUACACCCCGCCGCCCGCCGAGCCCAAGAAGCCCUUCAAGCCGCCGGUGUCCCCCAAACCAGUGCUAACGCAGCCGGCGCAGAAGGUCCCUGGACCACCGGUGCCCAUCCCCAAAAAGGUGCCCAUCCUGAGCCCCGGCAGCCCAGAGGUGAAGCGCGUCCACGGCACGCCGCCCCCGGUGUCCCCCAAGCCCACGCCGCCCCCCACGGCACCCAAGCCCCCCAAGCCCCACGCCGCCAUCCAGUCGGUGAGCGCGGGCUCCACGCCGGCGCCGUCCCCCGCCAGGCAGCUGGGCGCCGCCGCCAAGCCCUCGAGCACGCCGCCCUCGCUCUGCUCCAGCCCCGCCAAGCCCCUCUCGCCCGGCGCGCAGCCCCAGCAGGUGCCGGUGAAGCCGCCGCGUUCCGCCAUCGCCGGCCCCUCCGUCGACAGCGCCAGCCCCGAGCUGGUGCAGCAGAAGCUGGAGGAGACCAGCGCGUCCCUGGCUGCCGCGCUGCAGGCCGUGGAGGAGAAGAUCAAGCAGGAGGACAGCCAGGCGGCAGCCUCUGCCGUGGAGUCGAAGAGCACCGGGAGCAUCCUGGACGACAUCGGCAGCAUGUUCGACGACCUGGCGGACCAGCUGGAUGCCAUGCUGGAGUGA